AUGGCACUAUCAUGGAUAUUGAGUCUGUCCCUUGGCCAGGCGCUUCUCGUGUCGCUGGGCGUGGCCCUCAGUUACAUGUUUGGGAUCGUGAUCUACCGAAUCUACUUCCAUCCGCUCUCCAAAUAUCCUGGCCCGAAACUCGCAGCUGCCACCCGUUUAUGGUGGACGUGGCACCAGCUGCGAGGUAAAUUCCCGUUAACCGUGCAUGAGCUUCAUCUCAAAUAUGGGACGAUUGUCCGCAUUGCGCCCACCGAGCUCUCCUUCACGGGUUCUGGUGCCUGGAAGGAGAUCUACGGAUUCCGCGGUGGCCUGCCCGAGAAUCGUAAAGAUCCCUGCGAGAAUACGGAUGCCGACAAAAGGCAUCCUACAAUCAUCAACGCGGGCCGCAAGGAUCACGGUGAUUUGCGCAAGUUACUGUCCAAUGCUUUCUCGGACAAGGUGCUGAAGGGCCAGGAACCCGUGCUGCUGCACUACAUCGACCUCCUCAUCAGUCGGUUGCACGAGGUGGUGGAGAAGAACGAGCCGGUUGAUAUCGUGAAAUGGUUCAAUUAUGUGACGUUUGACAUUAUCGGCCAUCUGGCGUUCUAUGAACCGUUCGAUUGUCUCAAAAACACCGAGUACCACCCGUGGAUGUCAAUGAUCUUCAACGCCAUCAUGUACGUCCACUACAUACGGACCUUGCAGCGCUUCAUCGACAUUCGGCCUAUCAUUCUAGCCAUCAUGCCAAAGCGCAUCGUCGAGCGGCGUAAGUGGCAUAUCGGUCUCGUCGAGGAGAAAGUCAAGCGCCGGAAACAGCAGCAUCCCGAUUACAUCGACUUCAUGAGCCAUCUGCUCCAGGCCGAGGAGAAGGGUAAAUUGACAACCCCCGACCUCGUGGCGAAUGCCAAUCUCAUGGUAAUUGCUGGAAGCGAGACUACAGCGACGAUCCUCUCUGGCACGGUUUACUACCUGUGUACUCACCCAGCUGUGAUGCAGAAGUUGCUUGACGAGGUCCGCACCUCGUUUGCAACCAGCGAAGAGAUCAACAUUGCGCGGAUUAGCAAACUCAAAUACAUCAAUGCGGUCAUUGAUGAGUCCUUCCGCCUCUAUCCCCCAGCAGCAGGCAGUCAUCCUCGCAUAACGCCGCCCGAGGGGGCGAAUAUUAUGGGUCAGUGGCUACCUGGUAAUGUAUCGAUGGGCAUGGCCCAGUACGCCGUCUUUCGCUCGCCCGCCAACUUCAAGGACCCAGAGCUGUACCUCCCUGAGCGGUGGCUGGAUACGGACGGGCCGUAUGCUGGCGAUGCUCGUGAAGCACUUCAGCCCUUUUCCUUUGGGCCACGAAACUGCAUUGGCAGAAAUCUGGCCAAUAUCGAGCUGAGAUUGAUCUUGGCGAAGAUAUUCUGGCAUUUUGAUUUGGAACUGAGUCCCGAGUGUCGCAAUUGGCCGAAGGAUCAAUAUAUUUACACGUCAUGGGAGAAAAUCCCGCUGAAAGUGCGGAUUACCGCACGAGUGUGA